AUGGCUUCUUCCUUCUUCUUCUUCUUCAUUCUUCUCAUUGAAUGGCUUCCAUCGAUUUUCUAUUACAAAAAUGUAAAUCCCUCUCUCACUAUAAGCAGCUUCAAGCUCAUCUCAUAAUCACCGGUCUCUUCCGUCUCUACACCUACCGAUCCAAUCUCCUCAACACCUGUGCCACCUCCGCCUCCGGCAACCUACAUUACGCCGUCGCCAUCUUCCGUAAGAUCCCAUUACCAACAACCAACGAUUGGAACGCCAUCAUCCGUGGAUUCGCUCAUAGCGAAAAACCCACAAAUGCAAUCUCUCUUUACCUCGAUUUAUCCCGCGCCCCCCAAAACCCAGACGCUUUAACUUGUUCCUUCGCGCUUAAAGCCUGCGCUCGUUCCUUAGCUCGUGUAGAAGCUACCCAGAUUCAUUCUCAUCUUAUAAGGUUCGGAUUCGAACUUGAUUUCUUAUUGCAGACAACUUUGCUUGAUGUAUAUGCUAAAACAGGGGAUCUUGAUUCCGCGCGUAAGGUGUUCGAUGAAAUGCGUGUCAAGGAUAUUGUAAGUUGGAAUGCAUUAAUUUCUGGGUUUGCUCAAGGAAAUCGACCUAAUGAAGCUCUGAAUCUCUUUAAGAGAAUGGGAUUAUUGAAUAUGAAAGCUAAUGAUGUUACUGUUCUUGGAGCUCUCUCUGCUUGUUCACAAUUAGGUGCAGCAAAAGAAGGCGAAAAGGUAUAUGAAUACAUCAAGAAACAGAAGCUGGAUUCAAAUACCCAAGUUUGCAAUUCCGUUAUCGAUAUGUUUGCGAAAUGCGGUUCUAUCGAUAAAGCAUAUCACGUUUUCAAAAGCAUGCCCUCCACGAAAUGUUCAAUUACAUGGAACACAAUGAUCAUGGCUUUUGCUAUUCAUGGAAACGGGUUUCAAGCAAUCGAGCUCUUCGAGUUGAUGGAUCGAGAAUUCUUUAGAGAUAACAUUACUUAUCUUGCGGUUCUAUCUGCUUGUAAUCAUUCAGGGCUUGUAGAUUUCGGAUUGAAUUUGUUUAAUUCAAUGAAAACAAUCGGAAUUGAACCUAACAUCAAGCAUUACGGCUGCGUAGUUGAUUUGCUAGGCAGGGCUGGACGGUUAAAUGAAGCUUUUGAAAUAGUAAACUCAAUGCCAAUACCAUCUGACAUAGUUCUCUGGCAGACGAUUCUCGGAGCCUGCAAGACUUACUCGAAUGUGGAUUUAGCCGAGGAAGCUUCUAAAAGGCUUCUAGAAAUGAAUUCGAAAAAUUGUGGGGAUUAUGUUUUGCUUUCGAAUGUUUACGCAGGUCAAGAAAGAUGGGGAGAUGUCGGGAGAGUUAGAGAAUCGAUGAAGAACAAAGAUAUAAGGAAAGUACCUGGUUUCAGUUAUAUCGAGGUUAAUGGGACGAUACAUAAGUUUAUAAACGGAGAUCGAGUUCAUCGAGAAUGGAAGGAGAUUUAUGGGAAGAUGGAGGAAGUUAGAAAUAGGAUUAGGGAACAUGGGUAUGAACCGGAGAUUAAGUAUGUUUUGCAUGAUAUUGGAUAUGAGGAAAAAGAGAAUGCUUUGUGUUAUCAUAGUGAAAAGUUGGCUGUGGUUUAUGGUCUGAUUAGUACUAUAGAAGGGAGUGAAAUUCAGGUGAUUAAGAAUCUUAGGAUUUGUGGAGAUUGUCAUGUUGUUAUUAAGCUUAUUUCUAGGGUUUAUGAAAGAGUUAUUGUUGUUAGGGAUCGAACUCGAUUUCAUAGGUUUAAGGAUGGAGCUUGUUCUUGUAAAGAUUAUUGGUAGUGGAGAUGAGGAAAAGUUUGAAUUUAUCAAUUUUGAGGAUUGAAUUGGGGUCAUGAUGAAUGUAUUUUUGUGCUAAUGUAAGU